GCACUUCCGCUAAGCUCUCGCUUCUGCCCGCCGACGGAGCCGGGAAAUGGCAGGCUCGGAGCUGCGGGCGGCGUUAGAGCAGAGGCUCGGUGCCCUCGCCAUCCCAACCGAGGUCGUGGAGCAUCCCGAGGUGUUUACAGUUGAAGAAAUGAUGCCUCAUAUUCAACAUUUAAAAGGAGCACAUAGUAAGAACUUAUUUCUUAAAGACAAAAAGAAGAAAAACUAUUGGUUAGUCACAGUUCUUCAUGAUAGACAAAUCAAUUUAAAUGAUCUUGGAAAGCGGUUAGGAGUUGGGAGUGGAAGUCUUAGGUUUGCUGAUGAAACAGCCAUGCUAGAAAAACUGAAAGUUGGUCAAGGCUGUGUCACACCUUUGUCGCUCUUCUGUGAUGAUGGAGAUGUUAAAUUUGUUUUGGAUUCAGCUUUUCUGGAAGGUGGACAUAAGAAAGUGUACUUUCACCCAAUGACUAAUGCUGCAACCAUGGGAUUAAGUCCUGAAGACUUUCUCGUAUUUGUGAAGGCUACAGGACAUGAUCCCAUAAUUCUAAACUUUGAUUAAAAAAAUGAUUGGAAGGGCUGGAGAGAUGGCUCAGCUGUUAAGAGCACUGACAGUUCUUCCAGAGGUCCUGAGUUGAAUUCCCAGCAAUCACAUGGUGGCUCACAAACAUCUGUAAUGGGAUCUGAUGACAUUCUGGUGUGUCUGAAGACAGCUAAAGUGUACUCUUAUACAUAAAUCUUUAAAAAAAAUGAUUGGGAGCCAGGGGUGGUGACACAUGCAGAGUAGGUUGAUCUCUGAGUCCAGCUAACAUCUAACAGUCAGCUGCUGUGUCAAACAAAACGCCAGUUGGGCUAAUACUCAUAAUAAACUCAUUCUGACAGCUGUUUUUA